AUGGUUGCUCUUGGAAGUCAAGCCGUUUUCCUGGUGGCGUGCGGUUUUUGUGGAUGUGGUCAACAGGCUCUGGUGAUUGUUUUCUUGACGCUCGGAAUUGGCCUUUCGGGAGCGUCCUAUGCUGGAUUCGUGGUGAAUUAUCUGGACAUUGCGCCUACUUUCGCCGGACCGCUACUCGGAACCGGUCAAACAGUAUCAUGUAUUGCCGGCAUCUUAUGCCCAAUCAUCAUCGGUUGGUUAACACCUCAGGUAUGA